AUGUCAACAGGAAACAUCUCGACUGUAAACACAGAGUUUAUUCUGAUUGGAUUUCCUGGACUAGAAGUCUACCAGCACUGGCUCACUAUUCCUUUCUCUGUUAUGUAUAUUCUAGCCAUUGUUGGGAAUAUUUUACUCAUUUGCAUUAUUAAACUUGAACCUAAUCUGCAUACACCUAUGUAUACUUUACUUUGUGUGUUGGCAGUGGUAGAUAUUGGUUUAUGCACUUCUACAAUCCCUAAAAUGCUGCAGAUUUUCUGGCAAAAAGCCUGCAGUAUUUCUUUUGAAGGAUGCUUUAUUCAAAUGUUCUUCAUUCAUUUCCUAUCUUCAAUGGAAUCUUCAACACUGGCAGUAAUGGCUUAUGACAGGUAUGUUGCAAUAUACAACCCCUUGCUUUACACAUCUAUAUUGACCAAAGCUAAAAUGGCUAAAAUUAUGGGGGUACUUUUUGCAGGAGGUUUUAUUUUAACUGGACUCAUACCUACUUUAGCAUCAAUGUUGCCUUACUGUUCAGCCAACACUAUUCAACAUUGCUUUUGUGAUCAUAUGGCUGUUGCAAAGUUGGCCUGUAAAGAUAUCACAAUGAAUAGUUAUUAUGGUCUAGCUGUAGCCUUUGUGAUAGCAGGCUUGGAUGUCUUGUUUAUCCUAUUUACUUAUGUAAUGAUUCUUCGAGCUGUCUCAAAGCUUGGAUCAAAGGCAGCCCAGGUCAAGGCAUUUAACACCUGUGGCUCCCAUUUGUUUGUUAUAAUGUAUUUUUAUACAACCAUGUUGUUUACUUUUGUAACUUAUAGGUUUGGUAAAAAUGUUCCACCCCGAAUUCAUGUUAUGUUUGCUGUCUUAUAUCUUCUUGUGCCACCAAUGUUAAAUCCUAUAGUUUAUGGAGUGAGGACAAAGGAAAUCCGUCAAGGAUUUCGAAAACAUUUUCUAAGGAACAAGAUUAACCCAAAUGAUAAAUGAUUUUUUUUUUUUUUUUAAUUACUUUAAAUGUACAGGUUGUUGGUUUUUGUUUUGUUUGUUAGAAUCACAAAUAAAUGAGUCAUUCAUUUUCACUUGACAAAUAAACAUGAUUUUAACCUGGCAUACCUGUCAUUUGAAUAAUCUGUCAUGAUGCUAGUAAUAAAAAACUGAACAGUUUACUGCAGCUAGGAGGCAAGAGGUAGUACUGAUAGAGUACUUAAUACAGAAGGCAACAGCUUGUAUAUUUAUAUAGUCUUGACAUUUUUUAUGUAUAUAAAAUGUAUAAAUAAUCCAUAUGUGAAAUGGAAAUUAUAUGUGUUUAAUAUUUUUUUUGUAUUGUUAUAUAUCUUUUUUAAC